UCCGAGACCGCACAGCCCGAAUCCACCGCCGAACCCAAGAGCACCGAAGAAGCCAACACCACAGAAAAGCCCACAGCAACAGACGAGCCCACCGCGACCGGAAGCGAGGAAAGUAGCAAGGCCACCGGCAAAGCCAGCGGCACAAAAAAGGCAACAGGGACAAAAACGACCGGCAAGCCCAAGGCGACCAACUUCGGCGCGGACGUACCAGCGGGUGGCAUCUCAAUGAUAACGCCUGCUGUCAUUGCAGGGCCGCAGUUCUACAAGAUCGGAGAUUGGGUCGAGUUCGCGUGGAACUACACCUCCCUCUCCAUGACCCCCAAGCAUAUUGAUAUCAUGGCGACGUGCACGGCGAACCAGGCAACCUACACCAUCGCAGUAAACCAGUCCGUGGAAGAGACAGGCAGGGUGUACUGGAACACGAACGAGACAUCAAACUUGCUCACUGAGACCUACACCCUCCUCAUCUACGAUGCCGAGUCCAGUGUCAGCGCGACGGCUAAGCCUGGAUAUUUGGCUGUGUACAACCAGUUCACGUUUGGCAUGUACUCGCCACAGCCCUACGUGCCAUGGAAGGACUUCAAAUGCGCAAACUGCAACGCCGCCCUCGGCGCCUUCGACAGCCUGACCCUUAGAGCCCUCCUCCUCACCUCCGCCACAACCCUUGCCUCGCUCCUCUAUUUCACUGCUAGCUUCGGUCUGUGGUAA